ACACAGAAACACAUUACUGAUUUAACAAACAAAAGCAAACUAGGAUGGUGAACUUCGUACAAGUGCUAAGGGAUCACUUUGUUGACCGUCUAGGCAAGAGCGCGGGCCUCCGGCAACACGCCAUGACCGUCGACGAAGCAGGAACUAUCAUGAACUUCUGGGUGCCCAAGCACAGAAAGGCACCUGAGGAGGAGAAGAAGAAGCACGCCGUGGUGCUGGUGCACGGCUUCGCCGGCGACGGCAUGAUGACGUGGGGGUUCCAGGUCGGCGCCCUCGCCAAGCACGGCUACGACGUCUACGUCCCUGACCUGGUGCACUUCGGUGGCUCCACAUCGCCGUCGCCCGACCGCUCCAUUGCCUUCCAGGCUCGGUGCAUCACGGCGGGGCUGGGGAAGCUCGGCGUGGGGGACCGGUGCACUGUCGUAGGGUUCAGCUACGGCGGGCUGGUGGCGUUCGAGAUGGCGGCGGCAUUUCCCGGUCUUGUCCACUCCGUCGUCGUUUCCGGCGCAGCCGUGUCCUACACGGCAGCCAUGAACGACGCCCUGUUGGUUAGGUUCGGCGUCGCCUCCAUCAGGGAGCUCAUGCUACCAGAAACUCUCAGCGGUGUCACGCGGCUCCUCACAACAGCCUUCUACAAGAAACCGUGGCUUCCGUGUCGCCUUGCCAAGGAUUUCCUCAAGGUGAUGUGUAGCUACCGAGAGGAGAGAGCCGAGAUGCUGGAAGAUAUGAUAAUCAGGGGCAAAGCAGCACUUCCAGCCCCUGUUUUUCAGCAGAACAUACUUCUAUUGUGGGCAGAGAAUGACAACUUUUUUCCUAUAGAGAUUGGGAAGAGACUAAAAGAGGAGCUUGGAGAGAAGGCGACGCUUCGAACCAUUAGGAAAGCAGGGCAUCUGACCAACCUGGAGAGGCCAUGCGUUUACAACCGCUGCCUCAAAAAGUUCCUGGAUCACGUUACCCUCUCCUAAUUAAUCAUCUGGCAAUGCAUGCCUGAAUCGAUCGUCUCUACCUACGGUUUGCUGGUUGUUGCUUCUCGUCAAUUAAUUUGAAACGGUGAAAGUAUUAGAUUUGUUUUGCUAAGGAGAAUGAACAAAGGGUAUGUUUGGCUUGCCGCAACACUUCAGAAAAUAUCUUGUACACUACCUUUGGUAUUCAUGUAUCUCGGUCGAUGUUUGUUAAGAGAGCCUCUUAUUUGGCGCAUAUAGCGGGAAAAGAUGUACCACAGAGGAUAAGAUAAAC